AAGAGAUAUUUUGUUUGCAAAAAAUUUGCAGAAGAUAAAAGAGUAAAGCAAAGUUUAGCUUCAAUUUUUCUAACUCUGUAUACUGUAUGAAUUCUGUAUUAUACAUACGAACUGAAAUGGUGCUGCCAUUGUGUAUUUCCAAUCACUCUCACUUCCUCUCCCCUUUAAGCUCAGUCGAAUUCUCUCCUCCGCCACCGCAGCGCCGCCGUGCACGGCCCAGAUUCACGACUGUACUAUCCGUACUCAAAACCUCUCGACCCGUGAGUGAAGUCACAGUGGAUGACGCUCUCCGAGAUUUCUUGAGGGAUAGAGAGUUAAAUGGGGAUGUUAUCUCGAGAAUUUCUGAUAGAAUCUGGCUGAGGAAUGUGGCUGGUUUUGAUUCGGCAGAAGCUGGGAGUGGGACAAGUGAGGCUACUCAAUCAGAGGAGGUAUCAGGGGAAGAUAAUGAAGGCGGGUUUUUGAAGUUGAAAAGUACCAAAGAGUGGCUUUCAGGUGACGCCACGGCGCCAGUUAAUAAAAAGAGGACAUUUAAGGAAAUACAAGAUGACAGGGAAAGAACGAAAAGGCUAAACUUUCUCCAAUAUGAAGCUCUUAAGAGGGAGCUACUUUUCUUAACGGUGGGCAUUGGGACUGCUUGCACUGGAUAUUGUUUGGUAGUUUUAUCAGUCCAGGCUGCUCUGAGCUAUGCGACAGGAGUUGUUUUCAGUUGCCUGUACUAUCAGCUCCUCUGCCAACAUGCAGACAACCUCUCACAAGAAACAGUUCCUGAUAUUUUCACGAAAAAGAAACUUAAGAAAAUCGGAAUACGAAGUGAAGAUCUGCAGGAUUUCUUUGAGAGAUCUGUUAAAGGCAGCAGCAUUGCUCUUUCAUCUCCCAGGCUUGUGAUUCCUGCUGCAAUAUAUGGAUUCUGGGAAUUGUCUCAGCAUUUUGCCCAUGAUCUAUUUGAUUUUCAGCUGGUUCCUGCCAUGGUUGGGUUGUUUGUAUAUAAAGCAGCUUGCCUGGUGCAAGUCUACAGAGAUAAUGAAGACCUUCAAUUUCUUUUUCCUGGAAAUGAAGAAGGGUCCGGUGACUGAAUAUCUGGAAUAUGUUACUAAUAAAUGUUACUUGUUGAUGCCAUGGUAAAGUUGGAUGCCUACCUGACUACACCUUCUGGCCUAACAGAGAGUAACCGACAAACAGCAAGCUGAAUCUUUGCAGAGUAGGACAAGCUUUAUGAUGUCUUGCCUUUUAAGAAAGCAAGAUCGAAGGGAUGAAUAUUACACUGCCAGGCUUCGAGAGUAAAAAGUUCAUUCAAAAGAUUGAUGAUAUACCAUCCAGAGACAUUUUGUAGAGACAACUCUAGUAGAGUGAUGUAUAGAAUAUAUAUAGAGCACUGUUUACAAAGUAUUUGACAUGCCUCUUAUUCUCUUAAGCAUCUUUGUGAGGGCUCAUGGGGAACAACUUAUAAAGUGUUGUAGUUUGAUCCAACUUCAGUGUUAACUUUUGCAAGUGUUAAUACAUCCUUGGUUGUUUCCCCUUUUUAAUUUGAGUCACUAAGUAAAUUAUCUUUAUUGAA